AUGGAGGGCCUGACGCUGAGCGAGGCGGAGCAGCGCUACUACUGCGACCUCUUCUCCUACUGCGACACCGAGAGCACCAAGAAAGUGGCGUCCAACGGGCGAGUCCUGGAGCUCUUCCGCGCCGCGCAGCUGCCCAACGACGUGGUCAUGCAGAUCAUGGAGCUCUGUGGCGCAACAAGACUUGGCUAUUUCGGAAGAAGUCAAUUUUACAUUGCUUUGAAACUUGUUGCUGUGGCCCAAUCUGGUCUCCCUCUAAGAGUGGAAAGCUUAAAUACAGUAAAAGACCUCCCUCUUCCCAGAUUUGUUGUGUCAAAGAAUGAACAAGAAUCAAGACAUACAGCCUUGUAUUCUUCAGAUGCUGAUAACUCAGCUUCGUAUUCAGGUGUGAUUCCUCCUCCACCUGGCAGGAUACAAGUCAAAAAAGGCUCUGUGAGCCAUGAUGCAGUUCAGCAACGUACAUCAACUGAUCAACAGGAGUCCACAUCUCCAGUUGUUUCACCACAGCAAUCCCCACCAACCUCUCCACAUACAUGGAGGAAGCACAACCGCCAUCCCAGCGGAGGGAAUAAUGAACGACCUCUUGCUGGACCUGGGCCUUUUUGGGCUCCAUUUAGUGAAGCACAACCAGGCUCAUCUACUUCUAGUGAUCCCAUAUGGUCUGGCCACUCACCACCACCCCAUCAAGAAAACUGGGUCAGUUUUGCAGAUACCCCACCAACCAGUGCUCUUUUAGCCAUGCAUCCUGCUUCUGUCCAGGACCAGACAACAGUCCGAACUGUAGCAUCAGCUACAACAACAAAUGAAAUUCGUAGGCAAUCAAGUAGUUACGAUGAUCCCUGGAAAAUAACUGAUGAACAAAGGCAGUAUUAUGUUAAUCAGUUUAAAACCAUUCAACCAGAUCUAAAUGGAUUUAUACCAGGGUCUGCAGCUAAAGAAUUUUUCACUAAAUCAAAACUACCUAUUCUUGAGCUUUCUCAUAUUUGGGAACUAUCAGAUUUUGAUAAAGAUGGUGCAUUGACACUGGAUGAGUUCUGUGCUGCAUUUCAUCUGGUAGUUGCUAGGAAGAAUGGGUAUGAUUUGCCAGAAAAGUUACCUGAAAGUUUAAUGCCCAAACUGAUUGACUUGGAAGACUCGACAGAAGUGGGAGAACAGACUGGUGAGGUAGGUUACUCCAGCUCUCCAGCAGAAGCACCUCCAAGCAAGUCUCCAUCAAUGCCAUCCCUAAACCAGACCUGGCCUGAAUUGAAUCAGAGCAGUGAGCAGUGGGAGACAUUUAGCGAACGCUCUUCAAGCUCACAAACUCUGACCCAAUUUGAUUCUAACAUUGCACCAGCUGAUCCUGACACUGCAAUUGUCCACCCAGUUCCCAUAAGAAUGACUCCAAGCAAAAUCCACAUGCAGGAAAUGGAGCUUAAAAGAACUGGAAGUGAUCAUGCUAACCCUACUAGCCCACUACUUGUGAAACCACCUGAUCUCCCAGAAGAAAAUAAAAUGAGUUCAUCUGUAAAAUUUACAGCUGGAAAUACAGUUACAGACGGUUACAGCAGUUCAGACUCCUAUACUUCAGAUCCAGAGCAGAUUGGAAGCACUGUUACACGGCAACGAUCGCAUUCAGGAACGUCUCCAGAUAACACUGCCCCGCCGCCACCACCUCCAAGGCCUCAUCCUUCUCACUCUCGAUCAUCAUCUUUAGAUAUGAACAGAUCCUUUUCAGUUACCCCAGGACAGCAACAAACUGGAGUUGUUGCCUAUCCCCCUGCAGUGCCUCCAAGACCACAGCCUUCACAGGGUGCAGGUCCUCAUGUGCAUCGCCCAGUAGAUGCUGAAGGCCUGAUAGCUCAUACCAGUACCUCACCUCAACAGAUACCAGAACAGCCAAAUUUUGCAGACUUCAGCCAGUUUGAGGCAUUUGCUGUUUCAGGUGUAAACAAAGAGGAAGAAGAUGAAAUUGAAACGCACUCAGAAGUGUUGCAGGUUGAAAAGUCCUCUGAUUCUGCAAGUUCUCUUAGAGUUGCCAAAGCAGAUGGAAGAGUUGAAGACAAAGCACCUGCUAAUGUCCCCACUAGUGCGGGUAAAGGCACUACCCCACUUGCUCCACCACCAAAGCCUAUUCGCAGAAGAUUAAAAUCAGAAGAUGAGCUAAGACCUGAAGCUGAGGAACAUACACAGAAAACAGGUGUCAUAGCUGCUGUUCUUGCUUCACAGCCAUCUAUUCCUAGAUCAGUGGGGAAAGACAAGAAGGCAAUUCAGGCAUCAAUCAGACGUAACAAGGAAACCAACACUGUUUUGGCCAGAUUGAAUAGUGAACUACAGCAGCAACUAAAGGAUGUUCUUGAAGAGAGAAUCUCCCUGGAAGUCCAACUGGAACAACUUCGACCCUUCUCUCACCUCUAAGCCUACUGCCGUUAACUGUGAAUUUACUAAUUAUGAAAGGGGUAUUGGUUUCAAAGCCUAUUUAAAGAUUCAUGCAUCUAGCUCAGUGCACUCUACAUUAAA